AUGUUCUCGAAACUUACUUUGUGCUGGGCUGCUCUGCCACUUGCUAGCGCAUUUCUCCCGGCACUGCAGCUGGACGACGAAUGCCAAACGGGCGAGUGUGCUCUGGAAGCUCUGCAACUGAAAGGCGGCCUCGUGGAGGACGUAGACGCGGAUAGCAGUUGCGAGGAUAGUACUGGUGGUGCCUGCAUGGACGACGUCAUGUGGGCGAAGAACGAAGGAAUUCGCAGCCAUCCUGACUGGUACCCCGGCCUCUCACAAGGUUCCAGCUUGCCAGAAUUCCAAUGCCAAGUAUACAAGGCCAACCCUGCCAAGUGCCCAAAGCCGUGCAGCGUUUCCUGCACUGGGCCCGUGGCGCAGCCCAAUCGAGCGCCUACCGUUGUGGCUCCGAGCUGCGCGGGCAAGGAGCAGCAAGAUGCUUGCCUCUGCGUCUUCGACAUUGAUCGAACUCUCACCUCCAAGCAGGGCCAGCAUGAUGUCUGCCCGGGUUCUACUGCAUCAAAUGGAAUUGUCGACACCGCCUAUGGAGGUGGCGAUUUGGUUUUGUCCGCUUUGGCAGCCGCGCGAAUGUCCGGCACUUUCUGUGCGAAGUGCUACUUGGGCAUCUGCUCUCACGGCGAUGGCAGUGGGGCCAACUCUCGGGAGCGCGAGGAGACCAGGGCUUCCGGAACAUUCGAGGAUGACAAGCGCUUCUGCGGGGCAACACUCCCAGAGAUCAAGGACCAGAAGGGCGUGACGCUUUGCAAGAUCGACUGCAAAUGGUCGGACUGGUCUGCGUGGGGCAGCUGCUCGAAGAGCUGUGGCGGCGGAUCCAGGCAGCGAAAUCGAAGAAUAAUGAUCAAGACCAGGAACGGAGGGCAGGACUGCCCUGGCAGCGCCUUGGACCACCAGGACCAUCGUUUCGAACUCGGAGGCCUCAUAAUUGUCUUGGCCAGCUUUGAUGGCUGCAGAGCGAAACUUUUGAAGGGUGCCCUGCAGAGCAUGCAGAUCAAAGGUGCCCAUGAGGCGUGGGCUGCGACAUGGUUCUCCGAGAGCUUGCAGUGCAUGUUCUAUUUGGUGCCGCCAGAGCGCCUAGCUCUCACCAAAGGAGAGAAGGUCCCAAACCUCAUCGCAAAACAUGGCUUCGGCAUGUUCCUUCUCAUGAUUGCGACGGAGAUUGGUGUCGGGACAGUCGUUGCCGAAAAGAGUCUGUAUCGGUUUAACGACCUACUGGCAUCCAUUUCUUCUGGCACUUGUCAGCAGCUGGUGGUGGCCUUGAUUUCCAAGUUUGCAGAUCCCAAAGCGGCAUACCGGUUGGUGAAUGACACGUGCCGCCUGGUCGACUUCGAUGUGAAAGGCAAGCCGCUGACAACAUGGAUUUGUCUUUUCCUUGGUAUGGACCUGGCCUACUACUGGGCUCACCGGAGCAUGCAUGUGCUGCAUACCGGAUGGGCUGCCCACAGUGCGCACCACUCCGGUGAGGACUACAACCUAGCCACGGCACUUCGGCAAGGAGCUCUCCAGCCCAUGAUGACAUGGAUUUUUUCCUUGCCCCUUGCAUUGGUCUUUCCUGCAGAGUCUAUCUUGAUACAUGCACAGCUCAACAUGAUGUACCAGUUCUGGAUUCACACCGAACUCUGCGGCCGCCUGGGCCUCCUGGAGUACGUGUUCAACACCCCCUUUCACCACCGAAUGCACCACCGGCCGCCUGGGAACUGCAACUAUGCUGGGGUCCUGAUCAUCUGGGACCGGCUUUUCAGCACAUACGAAGCUGAAACAGAACGAUUGGAUUAUUUCGGGCUGGCACAGCCAGCGGGAACUUUCAACGUAGUGGAGUUAAAUCUGCAGCACUGGCGCAAAAUGGGCCGCUUUCAUCUUCUACGAGGUGGCUGCUUCUGGCACUUGCUGCGCUCUUCGGUCUCCAAGCGAGCUCAGCACCAGUUUUUAUGGACGCCGAGCCAAUUGGUUCAGAAGUACGCGGCCAUGCUGGAGGAUAAGAGUUCCUGGAGCUUGCCCGAGAAGGAGGUCAGACCAAAAUAUCGUGGAGCAGAUCUACAGCUGAUUGGCAAGGCCGCUGCCAUCGCCAUGUACCUGGGUGGCUUCGUUUGCUUGCAGAGGGCUGACAAGCCGGAGCAGCGGGCGAAACUCCAGCUGCUGUGCGCAGCAGCCGGAGGCUUCACUUGGCUGCAAGCACUGGGCGAUUUUCUGGACAAGGGCUACCAUUCAUGGCUUGGCGGGAAGGUCUUCCUGGCCGCUGCUCUCACGGCCUUAGACUCGGGGGUCUUCGGAUGGAUGCCGCGCGCUUGA